UUUUGUUGUGAUUUCGUUUAAAUUUAAAGUUUGGUGGUUUGGUGCAGGAAUCGAAGGAAAUCUGAAGUUUUAUAGCAGUUCUCGCUUCUAAAAAUUUGAGGUAUUACAGCUGACGGAAAACAAAACAUAAAUUUGCAGCCAUGGACGAAUACCCAGACCCAGAUGAAGAGUUUGAGUUGAUGUAUGCCCAGGAGAUGGAAGUUAUGAGGGAAAUGGAAGAACACAUUCAAGAAGACAAUGAUGGAGAGAGUAAUCCGAAACGAGCCAAGAAAAGCUUAAGCUUUACAGCCAAGCAAAGUGAACCUGUCAACGAGAAUGAGGAUGCUGCAAACUUGAUGAAUUCCAGCUUGACAGGGACAGAUGAUCAUUCUCAAAACAAUUCGAACAAAACUACAGAUGCGGAGGCGGAGUCCAGGCUGCAAAUAAUUAGAGAAGAAAUCAACCAAAGUUCAUCAAGGAAGAGGAAAGCGGAGGAUUUGUUUGGAGAUAUUGAAGAUAUUGAGCAAGAAGAGUAUUAUGAUUAUGAGUUGGGCACCAAAAAAGAGAAAGACAAAACCGAACAAUACGAAGAUGACAUGAAACUUAUUGCUAGGAUCAGGAAGGAAAGGCAAAAGGCGCUCGCUUUGGGCAAUAUUCUUUCCGGUAAUGGAAAGAGAGAAGAGCCAAUUAAUGACCUUGGAAGCAACUACAUUUCUGCUCGAAUUCCUCAAUACCCGUUUGUCACGAUGCGUAAUUUCAACUCUGAAAAAUUCUACUUGAGACUGAAGUCUGAUGAGUUUUUCGCCAAUGAGGUUUCAAACAUCAGCGUUAAAAAAACCAACUUGCUCCCAACAUCAUUGAACAAUAUUUGGCAAGAAGCACAAACGCUGCUGCAAAAAAUGAAGCACGUUCCAAGCACACAGCAAGAGGAAGAGGAACUUCUGGAAAUGAUGGAUGCUUCCACUGACACACCGCUCAUGAGUGAAAAGCUUUGGGUUGAAAAGUAUCAACCGCGCAGCUACAGAGAGCUUUUGAGUGAUGAGGGCACAAACAAGACUGUAUUGAAGUGGCUGAAAAUGUGGGACUCUGUGGUUUUCAACAAGAAAAUGCCCUCAAGGGAGAACAAACCAGCGCCAAAAAAUCCUGACUGGAAGUUUGGUGGAAAGCGACCGUUUCAGGCGCUGGACGAGGAGUUCGAUUCGCAUGGCAGGCCUAUGCAGAAAAUCGCGUUGCUGUGCGGACCACCUGGACUUGGAAAAACAACUCUGGCCCACAUUCUAGCGAAGCAUGCAGGCUACAAUACUGUGGAGGUGAAUGCGAGUGACGACAGCAGCGCUGACUCAUUCCGGCUGGUCCUCGAAGCUUCUACUCAAAUGAAAUCUGUGAUUGGAGACAGUCCAAGGCCAAACUGCCUUAUUCUGGAUGAAAUCGAUGGAACCCCUGCUUCGACUAUCGACGUAUUGCUCAAGUUCAUCAUGGACAAGGACAUCACCAAGGGCAAGAAGAAGAAAGGUGCCAAACCGCGAAUUCUGCGCAGGCCAAUCAUCUGCAUUUGCAACGAUCCUUACGUGCCUGCCCUGAGGCAACUCAAACAACAGGCCCUCAUCAUCAACUUCCCUCCCACAGCAGCUUCUAGACUUGCUCAGCGACUGAUGGACGUCGCCAAGCAGGAACAGCUGCAAACCGACCUGGGAACUCUGCUCCUUCUCUGUGAUAAAACCGGGAAUGAUAUUCGCUCCUGCCUCUCCUUCCUGCACUUCUUCAAAACUAGAAACAAAGUUGUACGCUUGACUGACGUGCAAAGCGCUUCUGUCGGCCAAAAAGAUAGCCAGAAAGGACUGUUUGCUGUGUGGCAUGAGUUGUUCCAAAUCGUCAAACCGAAAAACUCUAGUGACACUUCUCAGCGCGGAAGAAUGCAUCGAAUUCUGAAAAUUGUUCAAAAUUACGGGGAGUAUGAGUUCUUGUCCCAAGGCGUAUUUGAAAACUUCUUGCACAUGAAAACAAGAGAAACUGGCUUGAGAAGUAUUGUGUACGGCUCGUCAUGGUUCUGCCAAUUCGACUUGUUCAAUGCCAUGAUCAAGCAGCAGCAAAACUACGCACUGAUGCCGUACUUGCCCUACUGCUUCACCAUGUGGCACCUGCUCUACGCCAGCCUGUCCUGGCCCAAAAUCAGCUUCCCGUCCAAACACAUUGAGGCCAAAAACAAGACGAGCCAGACCGUGUCGACGCUGGCGUCACUCAUGAAGGGCAUGGAACCUGCCCUCAGGAGCGGAAUCAAAGCCAACGAGCUCCUGUGCGACACUCUCCCUCUGAUGCUGCACAUCAUCGUUCCUAAUCUGAAAGCGGUGAACGCCCAGCUUUUAAGCGCGGAUGAAAAAGUGGAGCUGCAGAGGGUCGUGAACAUCUUUGCCGGUUACAACAUGUCAUUCAUCCAGGAGAGGACCGCUAGCGGAGAAAUGCUCUACAGGCUUGAACCAAAUGUGCCUGAGAUGGUGCAGUUUCCUGACGUGCAGCGAGCGCCAGAGAUGAUUUACGCGGUGAAGCAGCUGGUCGGUCACGAGGUGGAUUCGGAAAAGCUGAGACGUAUCAGCCUCGCCGCUGGAACUCUUGUUCAGGUGCAGGUGCAGAACACGCCGUCCAGGGAGAAAAAAUCGCAAGCCAAAGCCGUCGCAGCCGUGCCCAACCAUUUGCAGACGCUAAGUCCUCAGAUUUUGAGAAAGGGACCGCUCAAGCCAGGACUGAAAAACUGGCUGAACAUCGCAAAGUCUACACCAACGCCUUCGCAAAUUGCCGAGGAAAUGAGGGCACUGCCGAAGAACGAGUUGAAAGAAAUUUCAUUUGUGUACAAAGAAGGCUACAGCAACGCUGUGCGGAAACCAAUCAAGAUAGCUGAUCUUUUCUAGUGGGAUUUGAGAUAAGUAAACGCUUUGAUUGGUUUUAAAUAUAUUUUUUAUUAUUAAAAUAAUACAACAAUCAUCUUAAUUUACAUGUCAUUCUCGCUGUGAAGAAAAUUGAAUAUAUCUAAUAUAGAAAGAUCUAAAAA